AUGAACUUCCGUGGCAUUGCUCGCUCCUUGAAGCCUCAGAUUUUUCAAUUUUUCAGUUUAGCCGUGCCAAGACACCAAACUAUUACCCCACUACGGACACCAAACCAUAGCAUGCGGCGCGCCCUUGUGGCGCUCAAAGAAGGUGGAGUCGAGUUUGUUGUUCUGCUGAGCAGCUUCACCGUCCAGGCUUUAACGUCCAGGCUUUAA